AUGGCUGACGGAUUCUCACAGGCAACUCGCAAACCCGUGCUUGUCAGCCUGCAUACCUCGGCAGGCACUGGCAACGGAAUGGGCAACAUCAUGACAGCGUUUCUCAACAAAACGCCACUCGUAAUCAUCGCAGGACAGCAAACUCGGGAUAUGCUCAUCGGAGAGCCCAUGCUCACAAACAGAGACGCGGCAACGAUGCCAAAGCCAUGGGUCAAGUGGUCAUUCCAGCCAGACCGCGCACAAGACGUCCCUGCAGCCUUGAUCAGAGCAAUCGCAACGGCCACCAUGCCACCAGCUGGCCCUGUCUAUCUGUCCAUCCCCAUGGACGACUGGGAUGCCCCCAUGCCAUCCAUUCCGGCAGUCAGAACCGUGUCCACCAGGAUAGCGCCGGAUCCCAAGAGUCUUUCUCUGUUUGCAAGUCGUAUCCAGAAAGCCAGCAGCUUCGCGCUGAUUCUAGGCCAAGAAGUUGAUCGGAGCUUGGGUUGGGAGGCUGCCGUGAAGCUGGCAGAGUUUCUCAAUUCGCCCGUUUUUCAGGCUCCUCUAUCCGAGCGAGCUGUAUUCCCAGAGAGACACAGGCUAUUCUGCGGCUCACUCCCCAUGGCCAAGGGACCCCUCGCCAAGGCACUGCAAGGGUUUGAUGUUGUCUUUGUGGUAGGCGCCGAAGUCUGGAGAUACUACCCCUAUAUUCCUGGCCGCACUGUUCCGGACGGCCUCAAGGUCCUGCACGUCACCAACGACCCUCAUGAUGCCGCGACGGCCUUGGUAGGCGAUAGCCUGCUUUCCGACGCCAACUUGGCACUGGAAGGUCUGUACGCACUGCUUUAUCAGAAUCGCCCGCCGCAAUUUUCUGCGCCCCCUUGGCAGGUAAAACCAGCAGCAGUGCCGUCUCACGAGGUCCCAACAGCGCCAGGAAUGUCGGCCAUGGAAGCAUGGUCGUCGGUUGCCAAGCUGCGACCGCCCAAUGCCAUCCUUGUACAAGAGUCUCCGUCCAACGGCAUGGAGCUUGUACAAGUCUGGCCGGCAGAGCAGGCAGAAUCAUACUUUACCUUUGCCAGCGGUGGUCUUGGCUGGAACGCACCGGCAGCCGUGGGCAUCGCCCUGGCACAAAAGUUCAAGGCCACUGGACGACCAACUAUACUCGCCAUCGGCGAUGGAAGUCUACAUUACUCGGUGCAGAGCAUUUAUACCGCCGUCCAGCACAGCGUCAAGCUUGUCUUUUUGGUCCCUGUUAAUCAGCAGUAUGCCAUCUUGAAGCAGUUUGCUAUAUUGGAACAGACGCCCAAUGUGCCUGCUUUGGACUUGCCUGGGCUGGAUGCCAGUGCCGUUGCGAAAGCCUAUGGCUGUGCGGCAUUUCGUGCAGAGACAGAGGAGGAAUUACAGUCGUGCUUUAGCAAGGCGCUCAGCAUGGAAGGUCCUGUUCUCAUCGAGUUUCCUGUUCAUCAGAGGAUAACUUCUCUAAUUUAA